AUGGGUAAAGAAGUGGUACUAGACAUUGCCCCGAAGUGUAUCGAUGGGCUAGAGUUUUCGGCCCUCUCUGCAAAGGAUAUCAUUGCCCAAUCCGAAGUGGAAAUCCUAACUAGGGAUUUGUAUGAUUUAGAGAAAGGUAGGGCUCCCAAAGAAGGAGGUGCCUUGGACACGAAAAUGGGUAUUUCAUCAAACUCAUCGGAAUGUGCCACAUGUCAUGGUAAUCUCGCAUCAUGUAAUGGCCAUUUCGGCCAUAUCAGACUCGCCUUACCUGUUUUUCAUGUCGGGUAUUUCAAAGCCGUGAUAUCAGUGUUGCAAUGUGUUUGCAAAAAUUGUGGUGCCAUAUUACUAGAUCCACAAGCGAAACGUCAGUUUUUGUCGGAAUUGAGGCGACCAAACAUUGAUAACUUGAAGAGAAUGAAGAUUUUAAAGAGAAUCAAUGACCAGUGCAAGAAACAACGACGUUGUUUAAAGUGCAAUCAUGUAAAUGGUGUAGUCAAGAAAGCUGCGAGUGGAGCCGGGCCUGCAUCAUUGAAAAUUGUUCACGACACUUUCCGAUGGAUCGGUAAAAAGGACACACCAGAAAAGACUCUAUGGGAUGAAGAUUUAGAUUUGGUAUUCCAACGCAACCCUGAUUUGGAGAAAUUUGCGAAGAGAAUUCAGGAGGAUUUUAACCCGUUAAAGACUUUAAACUUGUUUAAACAGAUCAUCCCUGAAGAUUGUGAACUACUCGGAAUGGAUUCAUCUAAAGGGGGAAGACCGGAAACGUAUAUAUGGCGAUAUCUACCAGCACCUCCAGUUUGUAUAAGACCUUCGGUUAUGAUGGAUGCACAAUCGAACGAAGAUGAUCUCACAGUCAAGCUCACAGAGAUUGUUUGGACAUCAUCAAUGAUUAAAGCAGGGAUCACCAAAGGUAUCUCCAUCAAUAACUUGAUGGAGCAGUGGGACUACUUGCAACUAUCUGUGGCAAUGUAUAUCAACUCGGAUGCUGCAAACCCAGCCUUGAUGUCGGGUGGAGGUGGUGGUGGAGGUAGUGGAUCAAAAUCCGCGAAACCAAUCCGUGGGUUCUGUCAAAGAUUGAAGGGUAAACAAGGCCGAUUUAGAGGCAAUUUGUCGGGUAAAAGAGUUGAUUUCUCAGGUAGAACCGUCAUUUCACCAGAUCCCAACUUGAAGAUAGACGAAGUUGCAGUGCCCGACAGAGUUGCUAAAGUUUUGACUUAUCCAGAAAAAUGCACGAGAUACAACAAGAAAAAGUUACAAGGAUUGAUCAUCAAUGGGCCCGAUGUACAUCCGGGAGCAAACUACGUAAUGAAACAAAAUGAAGCGGGAAAGAGGAAUCUUAGAUUUGGUGAUCGUAUAAAGUUGGCUAAAUCAUUACAAGUAGGAGACGUUGUUGAACGUCAUAUUGAGGAUGGUGAUGUUGUGUUAUUCAAUCGUCAGCCUUCAUUGCAUAGAUUAUCCAUUUUGGCGCAUUAUGCCAAAGUUCGUCCUUGGAGAACUUUCAGAUUGAAUGAGUGUGUAUGCACACCUUAUAAUGCCGAUUUUGAUGGGGAUGAAAUGAAUUUACAUGUUCCUCAAACAGAAGAAGCUAGAGCCGAAGCAAUCAACUUAAUGGGAGUCAAGAAUAACUUGUUGACACCAAAGUCCGGAGAGCCAAUUAUCGCGGCUACCCAAGAUUUCAUUACAGGCUCGUAUUUGAUUUCACACAAGGACUCAUUUUUCGAUCGUGCAUCCUUGGUGCAAUUGUUAAGUAUGAUGUCGGAUGCGGAUAUACAAUUUGAUAUCCCCCCGCCUACCAUUGUGAAGCCGAUUAUGCUUUGGACGGGUAAGCAAGUCUUUUCUUUAUUGAUUAAGCCAAACAGACAUAGUAAAGUUGUCAUCAAUUUGAAUGCGAAAAACAAGACAUUCCAUCCUCCUGCCAAGGGUCUUCCCAGUGAGAUGUCGCCUAACGAUGGAUUUGUCAUCAUUAGAGGCUCACAAAUCCUUAGUGGAUUGAUGGACAAAUCGACUUUGGGGGAUGGUAAGAAGCACUCUGUGUUUUACACCAUACUACGUGACUAUGGUCCUCAAGAAGCAGCGGCAGCAAUGAAUAGAAUGGCAAAGUUAUGUGCUAGAUUUUUGGGUAAUCGAGGCUUCUCCAUUGGUAUUAAUGACGUGACACCCGCCCACGAAUUGAAGCAAAAGAAGGAGUUAAUGGUCGAACAAGCGUAUCUUAAAUGUGACCAAUUAAUUGAUUUGUACAAUCGAGGCAAGUUGGAAACUCAACCUGGUUGUAAUGAAGAGCAAACCUUAGAAGCAAAAAUUGGUGGUUUAUUGUCCAAGGUUAGAGAAGAGGUGGGUGAUGUUUGUAUUCGAGAAUUGGACUCUUUGAAUGCUCCUUUGAUUAUGGCCACAUGUGGUUCCAAAGGUUCCACGUUGAAUGUAUCUCAAAUGGUUGCUGUUGUUGGUCAACAAAUUAUCUCUGGUCAUCGUGUCCCUGAUGGUUUCCAAGACCGUUCCUUACCCCAUUUUACCAAAAAUUCCAAAACACCGCAAUCCAAAGGUUUUGUCAGAAAUUCAUUUUUCAGUGGUUUAUCACCCCCAGAAUUCUUGUUUCAUGCUAUUUCAGGUAGAGAGGGUUUGGUUGAUACUGCGGUCAAGACUGCGGAAACCGGUUACAUGUCGCGUCGAUUAAUGAAAUCCCUUGAAGAUCUUUCGUCACAAUACGACAACACUGUGCGUAAUUCAUCAAAUGGUAUUGUUCAGUUUACUUAUGGUGGUGACGGUUUAGAUCCAUAUGAUAUGGAAGGUGAUGCUAAACCGGUAAAUUUUAUUAGACAAUGGGAUCACGCUUACAACAUAACAUACAACGUCAACGACAAACCGUUGUUGCCGUACGAGAUAGUUGAGUUGGCCGACAAGACGUUAAAACCACUUGUUGAUAAGGUCGCAGUUGUUGGAACUGAGUCGCAGAGUGAAGAUGAGUUAGUCGAUCAAAAGGAUGCCGAAAAAGCAUUUUACGAAUCUGUGAGGGAAUUCCUACGGGAAAAAGCUGAAAAGCUUGCACGAUUAAGAGAAAGUAGAGGCUUGAAAGCAUAUUAUAAUAAAAUUCACGAGGAUGAAAUUUUAGUGGAUGAAGACGAAGUCAAACUCAACGCUGUAAACCAGUUGAUGAGGAUUUCACACAGGGCUGCUAAAGAGUUUAUGAAACAAUGUUUAUACAAGUAUUCGAGAGCAAAAGUUGAGCCUGGAACUGCUGUUGGUGCUAUUGGAGCGCAAUCCAUUGGUGAACCCGGUACGCAAAUGACUUUAAAGACUUUCCAUUUUGCUGGUGUGGCAUCAAUGAAUGUCACUUUGGGGGUUCCACGUAUUAAGGAAAUCAUCAAUGCAUCAAAAACUAUUUCAACGCCAAUUAUCAAUGCAGUUUUGGUGAAUGAUGAUGAUGAAAUUGCCGCUCGUGUGGCCAAGGGAAGAAUCGAAAAGACGUUGUUGAAGGAUGUUGCAUUUUACAUUGAAGAUGUAUACAAAGACAACAUGGCCUAUUUGGCUAUCAAAAUUGACUUGGAAACUAUUGACAAAUUGCAAUUGGAAUUAACCAUCGAAAACAUUGCACAAGCUAUAUUCAAAGCGCCGAAAUUGAGAAUUGCUCCUUCUGAUGUUGUAAUCACUGCAAAGAACAGAAUCAAUGUGUUGUGCAAUGUUAAUGAAUCUAAAUCCGAAAGCCUAAAAUCUGUGGGUGAUUCACUGAAUGCGCUUUUCUUUAGAAUGCAGACUUUGAAAAGAGUGUUGCCAGAUAUCUGCAUCAAGGGAUUGCCAAAUAUUUUCCGUGCCGUGAUCAACAUUAAAGACGAUGGAAAAAAGGAGUUGCUUGUUGAGGGUUACGGUUUAAAAGACGUUAUGAAUACUGAAGGUAUUGUUGGUACAAAAACCACAACCAAUCAUGUUUUAGAAGUAAAUGAAAUAUUGGGUAUUGAAGCAGCCAGAGGCUCAAUCAUAAGAGAAAUCGAAUAUACAAUGAGUAAUCACGGUAUGAGUGUGGAUCCUCGUCAUAUUCAAUUAUUGGGAGAUGUUAUGACAUACAAGGGAGAAGUGUUGGGUAUCACAAGAUUCGGUCUUAGUAAAAUGCGUGAUUCAGUCUUGCAAUUGGCUUCUUUUGAGAAAACCACUGAUCAUUUGUUUGAUGCUGCAUUUUUCAUGAAAAAGGACAAGAUUGAGGGUGUUUCCGAGUGUAUCAUCUUGGGCCAAACUAUGCGUGUGGGUACUGGGGCAUUCAAAUUGGUCAAGUCUUCUAAUUAUGACGAAAAGGUGUUGAAGAAAAAGCCUACUUUGUUUGAAUCAUGUUGUGAAGUCACAACUGCUGCUUAG